AUGCGACCCCGUCUCCAGAACUUCAACGCUUUACGAGCCCGAUCAUAUCUGACAAGGCUGCCGCUAUUCACACGACUUAUCAUUGUCGCUAUUGUUGCUCUCGCGAUCGCAUCGCUACAAUCAGUAUGGAACCUACGAGAAUGGGGUGCCCUCAUCCCUGAAGAGAUUAGCAUUACAAAUGCAUAUCGGUUGUCGACAUUCCCGUUAAUACAUCUUAACAUUAUCCAUGCCAUCCUUAACCUCGCGGCGCUUACUCCUCUCAUGGAGCGAUUCGAGAACGAACAUGGCACCUUAACAUCCCUUGCUUUGUUCUUUGGACCCUUGACAUCGAUACCGGCUGUCAUGUACGUUCUGAUCGAGCGAUAUGUAUUCCACGUAAACCAUGGCGUUCUGGGAGCGAGCAUGUGGGUAUUCACUCUACUGGCGAUGGAGUCUAUUCAAACGUACAAAACCAACCCUCAUUUCGUUGUCGGUACUGUCCAUAUCCCAACGUGGACUACCCCCUUAAUCAUGUGUAUGGUUGUGAGGGCAUUGGUACCUGGUACUAGUCUUCUUGGCCACCUAUGUGGAAUUGCAAUUGGAUAUGUCGCUGGCUUCGGGUAUGCCAAGCUGCUCGCCCCCCCUGAAUGGGGUCUUCGAUGGGUCGAGAAUCGACUCAACCUGCUCAAGAUUCUCCCUCACUAUGUUAGCAUCGACAAGACAACAUAUGGCCGAUUUGGUGUUUUGCCCACAACCAACCGCCCUGGUCCCAGUGGCAGCGCAGCGACGGAGCUGGUUGGUACAACCCAGCGUCUCGGACCUUGA